UAGGACGUGGCAUAACCAAGGCCUGUAGACACUCCUUUGCAUGUUUACUCCCAAAAUUCUCCAACAAAUCAGUGGACACUCCUCUGCAUGUUUCAUUUUGGCAAAUUAGAACACCAAAAGGAAAUAAAGAUGCUGGAUGUAACUGUGGAUUUGUUGAUGAUGAGGCUGUGUUUGUUUCUGGUCCUUGUUUCCAAAUUAUGCAAUGGUUAUUCAACAAAAUUGGAUUUCUAUCCUCCAUCUUGCCAACGUAUUGAAUGCCCAAAUUAUGAGUUGAUUCAAUCUGGAAAAGACUAUGAAAUUCGUCUUUACAAUUUCCCCAUUUGGAUGUCUACUGCUCCCAUUGAUGAUAUUUCCUAUGUUUCCGCCACCAACACUGGUUUCCUCAGGCUAUUUGAUUACAUUCAAGGGAAGAACAAUUACCAUGAGACAAUAGAGAUGACAGCUCCAGUUAUCACUCAGGUGAAACCAAGUGAUGGACCAUUCUGUUCUUCCUCUUUUGUUGUGAGCUUUUAUGUACCAAAGAAGAACCAGCCAAAUCCUCCUCCAGCUAAAGGUCUUCACCUCCAAAAAUGGGGCAAAACUUAUGUCGCAGUCAGACAAUUCAGUGGAUUUGUAGCUGAUGCUGAUAUUCCAAAACAAGCCGCUGCCCUGAGUGCCAGCAUUGCUGGCACUAAAUGGGCAGCAGCCAUCGACAAAAGCCAAGCUGCAGAUAAUACUACGAUGUAUACAGUGGCGGGAUACAACUCCCCAUUUGAGUUCAAGAACAGAGUUAAUGAGAUAUGGUUUACUUUUGAUUUAGAUAAAGCACUUGCCAUUUGAGAGGCUCUUGUUCAAGAAUAAAGUUUAUGAGAUAUGGUUUACUAUUUAUCAAAGGUAGUUGGUAAGUCCUAGUAAUUUUGUAUGACCAGAAUGCUACAUUAUAUAUUGCAAAUAAGAGAGAUUGUAUAAUACAAUCUUAUUCUGAGAA